AUGUUUGUUCCUACUAAUUUUUUGGUGUGUGGUGUCCAAACUUUUCAUCUUAAUGAGCCGCGGAGUGGCGGGGGCUAUGUAAGAGUUGGCAGGUCAGUGACAGUUGUUCAUCAGCGCACAGGUGUAAGGAAAUUGCCCCACAAGAGGGUGGAUGAUGGUGGUGCGUGGCAACAAUCCAAAUCAGUAGGGGGUGUAGGUUCCAUGAAACGGGGAACGGACAAAAAACCAAGGGCCAUGGGGAGAAAACCAGGGCGUGCCGGAAACAGUGGGGCGGCUGGUCAUGGGGGGACAAGGGAACAGUAUUGCGUGGGGGUAGCUAACGUAUCUGUGGCAGUUGUGGAGGCCAAACAUAUGUAG